AUGAACCCGUACGGGGAGAGUUUCAGUGAAGCUCUCUUUGAAGUAACGUACAUCACAAAAGAUAUUGUACGAUUCAAGCUGACAGACAAUUUAUCCAAGAGAUACGAAGUGCCAGCGCAGCAUCACUUCCCCCUCCUGAAGCAAAGCCAAGAAGUUCCCUACACCAAUUACGAAAUCGACCACUCUAACGAAACCUUCGAAUUCAGCGUAUCACGGCGCUCUAAUGGGGAGAAAUUGUGGGACACCAGCAUCGGAGGCCUGGUCCUCGGUGACCAGUUCCUCCAGAUGGCCAGCUACUUGCCCUCCAAAAACGUGUACGGAUUGGGAGAACAUGUGCACGAGACACUGAAGCAUGAUUUGGAGUACAAGACCUGGCCCAUGUUCAGCAGGGACAGGUUCCCCGAAGGGGGCCAAAAGAAUCUGUACGGCGUACAUCCCUUUUAUCUUUGCGUAGAAAAGGAUCAGAAAAGCCACGCAGUGCUGCUGCUCAACAGCAAUGCAAUGGAAGCCACGCUGAUGCCCGCCCCCGCUAUUUCCUUUCGUACUAUUGGCGGAGUGUUGGACUUCUUUUUGAUCGUUGGGGACAACCCUGAGCACGUGAUACAACUUUAUACUUCACUCGUGGGGAGACCAGUAAUGCCACCUUACUGGGCACUAGGAUUUCAACUCUCUCGAUACGGAUACGACAACAUGGAAAACCUGAGGACGGCCAUAAACAGGACGAGAAGUGCUGGAAUCAUUCAGGAGGUGCAGUACUUGGACAUUGACCACUUUGAAGGAAAUAAGGAUUUUACUUAUGACAAGGAAAGGUUUAAGGAUCUCCCAGAGUUUAUAACCGAUACCAAGAAACAGUACGGGCUUAAAUGGAUUAUAAUCCUGGAUCCAGCCAUUCCUGCUGCCCCCAAUUAUGAUGUUCAUGAAGAGGGUAUUAAAAGGAAGGUAUACGUGGAGCGAUCACCGGCGUGGUCUAAGGAAAUGUUCCCGGAACACGUUCGAAAUAAAACAGCAGUCUACGGAAAGGUGUGGCCAGCUGAUGUGGUUGCCUUCCCGAACUUCUUCCGCGAUGAAACAGCUGAUUGGUGGACAGAAAGCAUCGUAAAGUAUCAUGAUACGUUAGCGUUUGAUGGACUGUGGAUUGACAUGAAUGAGCCUGCUAGUUUCGAGACGAAUUCCGACCAUCCUUUCUACUGCGAAUCCACUUGGGAUCCUCCUCCUGAGGAAUGCUGGAGCCUCAAAUGCCCCACGAGCGCUUUGGAAGACCCACCAUACAAUCCAUUGAAAAGCAGCGGCACCCCAAGAUUGUCAACAAUGACUCUCUGCAUGGAAAGCCAGCACUCCGUGAACUCCGACACGACUUACAAGCACUACGAUGUCCACAGUUUGUACGGAUGGAGUCAAAGCAUUCCCACCAUCAAGGCGGCUGUGCAAGCAACAGGGACGAGAUCUGUGGUCAUUUCGAGGUCCACUUUCCCUUCUAGUGGUCAGUUCGCUGGACAUUGGUUGGGGGACAACAGAAGCAUUUGGCCAGACUUGCAUAGAUCUAUCAUAGGCAUGCUGGAAUUUAAUCUUUUCGGUAUACCGUACAUUGGGGCCGACGUUUGUGGCUUCAACGGAGAUACAACACCUGAAAUGUGCAAACGAUGGAUGCAAUUAGGAGCGUUCUACCCUUUCUUCAGGAAUCACAACGGGAAAGACCAAAGGGAGCAAGACCCCUUAGCUCUAGGACCAGACGUGGCUGCGGCUUCGAAGGACGCCGUGGAUCGUCGCAUCCGCCUCAAUCCUUACCUCUACACCCUCUUCUACAGGGCGCAUAUGGAUGGCAGUACCGUUGUGCGACCCGUUUUCCACGAAUUUCCAGAAGACGAGAUUGCUUUGAGUUUAGAUACACAGUUCAUGUGGGGAGGCUCUCUUCUUAUAACGCCUAUUCUAAAAGAGGGAGCUAAGAGUGUACCUGUGUACUUACCGAAUGAUGAAUGGUGGUAUUUCCUUUAUGAAGAGGUAAACGAGGUUUUCGAUUUUAUAAAUCUUAUGAAAAUAAUUCAAGGUUAUUUAGAACUUAGCAACAGCCAUAUUCAACUUUAUGUCUUCCCGAAAAAUGGCAGAGCUAAAGGUGAACUCUUUGUUGACGAUGGUAUUUCAAAUGAAAAUAUUGGAAAGAGGCCUUAUUUCAUCUUCACGUUUGAGUAUCAAAAUUGUUCUUUGACGAUUGAUUCGAUAAUAAACCACAGCGUAUUAGUAUCUCCGACUCUUGACUCCAUUGUUGUGUUUGGUGUGGGAAAUAUUGCCAACGUUUACAGCGAACACCAGGUCUUAAAAUUUUAUAUGGAUGACGAAAAAAAGGUUAUGACAGCCUAUGUGGAGAGUAGCAUGACGUCAGUCGAGAGCAUCACGUGGAGUAAUGCCAUUGGCGAAUGCGACAUGAAAUGAAGUGAAGUAAUGAAAGACGAGUAUUGUUUUCCAAUUUGAAAUUCGAUGGAUGUAAGGACAUCUGAAGAAGUGAAAAUUGUUGAAGUGCUUGUUUACACUCGUUAACUUGUUUAUGCAUUAAUAUAGUGUGGAGCUGAUAACUUGGUGCUUGAGUUUGGACGAUUAGACAUUCUUAGUUUGUCACAGUAGCAAUAAUCGCUAUCUCAACACAAAUUGGCUUUGCAGAACCCUGUAUUAACAAAAAGAAUCAUUUAAGUCUCAGAGGAUCAAGAGGCAACUUGUCAGAGCCGGACUAUAUUAUGCAUUUAUUUAUUGCAGAAUGUUUUGAAUAAAUCUAUUUAUUUUGUUAAUGCUGUUGAAGUUUUAAAUUGUUCUAUGAUCUGGAAUCUUCAAGCAAAAGUUUCGAAUUUCAUGCCAUGUAUUUUCAAUAAAAAUAUUUUUAGAAAA